AUGGGUGCUUGCAGCUCGAAACAUGAAGACACCCAACUUCCUGUAAUUAAACGAAAUAAUUGCACAGAUAUGGAACAAUCGACGAAGAAGAAUGACCCAAAUGUGGCGAGAAAGAGAUGGUCAUUUCUGGCGUUAUACACACGAGGUCCAGCUUACUAUUUUUUUUCAAGGAAGUCGUCGUCUCCGGCGACAAAUGGAAAGACAAAUCCGACGGUGAGGCGAUUCUUCAGGAGGGCGUUUCAGCCGCUGACUCGUGCCCAGCACAUGAAGGCGGUUCUGGCACGGCGGCAUGGGGAGGGGAAGGAAGGGAAUGUGAGAUUGAAUAAGAGUUUUGGAUUUUCGAAGCAUAUUAGACAUAAGUGUGAGAUAGGGGAGGAGGUUGGCAAAGGGCAUUUUGGGCAUACUCAUAGAGCCAAGUUCAAGAAAGGGAAACAUAAAGGUCAACAGGUUGCAGUCAAGAUUAUUCCAAAGUCAAAGAUGACAACAGCCAUUGCCAUUGAUGAUGUUCGACGGGAGGUAACGAUACUAAAAGCUCUGUCAGGACAUGACCACCUGAUAAAAUUUUAUGAUGCAUAUGAGGACCAUGACAAUGUAUACCUCGUAAUGGAGUUUUGUGAAGGAGGGGUGCUUUUAGAUAGAAUACUUUCAAGGGGAGGGAAAUUUCCGGAAGAUGAUGCUAAAAGCUUAUUGAUACAAAUAUUAACUGUUGUUGCCUUUUGUCAUCUUCAAGGUGUUGUUCAUCGGGACUUAAAACCUGAGAACUUUAUAUAUGCAUCGAAAGACAAAGAUGCCGAACUGAAGGUCAUAGAUUUCGGUUUGUCGGACUUCAUAAGUCCAGAUGAAAGAUUGGAUGACAUUGUUGGUAGUGCAUACUAUGUUGCUCCAGAGGUUCUACAAAGAUCAUACGGUAGAGAAGCCGACGUAUGGAGCACUGGCAUUAUAGCGUAUGUUCUUUUAUGUGGCAACCGCCCCUUUUGGGGUCGUACUGAGUCUGGUAUCUUUCGAGCUGUUCUAAGAAACGAACCAGGUUUUAACGAAACUUGUUGGUCUAAACUAUCAUUCGAAGCCAAAGAUUUCGUCAAAAGUUUAUUGAUCAAGGAUCCUAGGAAACGAUUAACAGCCGUCCAAGCCUUAUGCCAUCCAUGGAUUCGAAAUGGUCACGAAAUAAAACCGCCAUUUGAUAUAUCAAUACUGAGGUUUGUGAAACGUUAUAUAUGUUCUUCGAGUCUUCGUAAAGCUACUUUACAGGCUCUAUCAAAGACCGUAACUUUUGAUGAUCUAGUCUACUUGAAAGAGCAGUUUUCGCUAUUGGAACCGAAUAAUAGCGGAUAUAUAAGCGUAGAGACUUUUAAAAUGGCAUUAACGAAAUACUCUACGGAUGCAAUGAAGGAAUCAUCUGUCCAUGAUUUCCUAGAAUCGCUUGGAAAACUUAAAUAUAGGAGGAUGGACUUUGAGGAGUUCUGUGCAGCUGCCCUUCGUGUUCAUCAACUUGAGGGGCAUGAUCGAUGGGAUGAACAGACUAAAACCGCUUAUGAAAUAUUCGAGAAAGAUGGUAACAGAUCCAUUGUGGUAGAAGAACUUGCUUCCGAACUCAGUCUUAGCCCAUCAAUUCCUGUGAGAGAUGUUGUAGAGGAUUUGAUUAGGCAGACGGAUGGAAAGCUGACUUACCUGGGAUUUGUGAAGGUGUUGCAAGGUGCAUCGAGUCGGAAUGUGGCCAAAGGUCAAUAACAGAGUUUAUAAUUUGAAUCCUGUGUUUCUGUAUUUUAACGAAUUUCCCAUCCAAUUGUAAAUCCCUCCGGUUGAACAGUUUUCUAUACCUGAUUUCUUGAAUUAGUGUGCUAAACCAGACCGAUUAAUUCGUUGUAUCACAUUUGGUAAUUAG